AUGGCUUUGUUCAUACUUAUUCCAAGCGUACUCAGUUUUCUAAGCUAUGCAAAGGCAUUAGAAGAGGAAGUUUUAAGUGAACCAGAGCCUUCUUCAAGUCCUGAAAUCAAAGCUUAUCUUAAUAAACGUCGAUCCAAUAUUAAUCCUCGAUGGCAUGUAGCUAUUGACUAUGCUAUGAUAAAUCGCAGGAUAUCUUCUCAACAAAAUUUAGUGGAAAAUUAA